AUGGCAUUAUUUGCUGAGGUCAGAUUAUUGGGUGCUGAGGUUGUCUUCAUCCAUGUAGAGUCUGACCACGGGUUUGAGCCUGAUUGUUCCAUUGCAUUUGGUAACUGGUCAAACACAACAAGACCUUUGGUGGCGCUGUCGAGUUUCCCGGGAUCAGGAAAUACCUGGACACGACAUCUCUUGGAACUUGCAUCGGGGGUGUACACUGGUGCCUAUUCCUAUGAUAAUGACCUGUAUCUUGGAGGUUUCACUGGCGAAACCGAAUACUAUAAACGUGGACGGACGCUAGUAAUAAAAGAUCACCGUUUUCGUGAUGAGUACAAAUCUGCAAUAUUACUGAUACGAAAUCCAUAUGACGCGGUCAUAACAUUAUACCAUUAUCACAAAAAGAAACACACUGGGAAAAUUCCUCUACGUGAAUUUAAAAACAAUGUUGAGUGGGAAGACUUUGCUAUGGAACACUUCAAGAAAUGGAUCAAUAUGAUGGCCGAGUGGAUCUCAUCAAAGAAACCGCUAUUGGUUGUUCAUUACGAAGAUUUAAAACAUGACACGGUCUACGAAGUGAAAAGAAUGCUGUCCUUCCUCAAUAUGACACUGACACCUGAACGACUUCAUUGUUUGGAAAUGGACAUUGAAGGCAACUUUCACCGCCACAAAGAAGAGACAUUUGACUUUGACCCUUACACAGCAGAUAUGCAUACAGUAAUCAAAGAAAAUAUUCGAUUAGCAAACGGGUUGCUUCGAAAUAUUAACAUACCUUCCGUACGCGAGCCGUCUUAUGACAAAAACAUACAUGAAACUGACAAUAUCCGUGAUGACAUCUGA